UGCGCUUGCGUAGGAUCUACUCUCCGGCCUUUUUCAUUACGACGCUAUGUGUUUCCACUCGGCUGAGGAACCGCCGGAAAAUGGUGACAGCUGCUCUUAAGAGAUUCUGGUCCCGUGGGCGCGGUGAAGCGGGAGGAGAGGCCAGUGGUGCCACGACGGUGGCGGUUAAGCCAGGGGUGUGGACACGACUGGGCACCUGGGCCCGCGCACUGCUUCGGGAUUAUGCCGAGGCGUGCGGAGAUGCGGCGGCCGCGGCGCGAGCCCGUCCAGGCCGCGCGGCCGUGUACGUGGGGCUGCUAGGCGGCGCUGCUGCGUGCUGCGCGCUGGCACCCAGCGAGGCAGCAUUCGAGGAGGCCUUGCUGGAUGCAUCAGGUUCGCUCCUGCUCUUGGCUCCGGCCACGCGCAACCGCCACUCGGAAGCGUUCUUGCAGCGCCUGCUGUGGUUGAGGGGCCGUGGGCGGCUGCGUCACGUGAACCUGGGGUUCUGCUCGCUGGUUUACGAAGCGUCCUUCGACGCCCAGGCCAGCCUCUACCAAGCCCGCUGUCGAUACCUGCAGCCACGCUGGGUGGACUUCCCCGGCCGGAUCCUCGACGUGGGGUUCGUUGGCCGCUGGUGGAUCCUAGAAAAUCGUAUGCAGGAUUGUGACAUCAACGACGACGAGUUUCUCCACCUGCCUGCGCACCUCCGCGUCGUCGGGAAUCACCAGCUGCACUCCGAGGCCAAUGAGAGGCUGUUCGAGGAGAAGUACAAGCCGAUCAUACUCACCGAUGAUCAGGUGGACCAGGCUCUGUGGGAGGAGCAGGUGUUACAGAAGGAGAAAAGGGAUCGUCUAGCUUUGAGUGAGGCUGAUUCACUGGUUCAGUCCGAUGUUUCCAGAUGAAAACGAAGGCUGUCCCCGGGUCACCAGGCGCAGGCAAACUGUGGGCCACGGACGGUGCACUUGGUGAGAUGGAUAGAGAUAAAUGACCUUCAUUGUGAUUUUUAUGGGAAGUCCUCACUCUGUCCUGUUAGCCAAAGCAAAUCGGGAGCCUUACUGGUCCUAGAGAUACAGAAGAGCUGAAGGACUGCUCUUAAACAUGCUGAAGCAUUUGACUUUAUUAUGCUUAUCGCUUCCAGAUCUACUAGUAAGGAACCUGUGCUGUGUAGCCUAUUGUAGCUGGGGAUGUACUUCAAGGGUAGAGCAUUUGGCCUAGCAUGCCUGGGUUACUGGCUUGCAUUUCCAGCACUGCAAAAACAGAACAGAAAUGGGCUUUGGUUUUGUUCAUUUGGUCUGUUUUUGAGAAUGUUACUCCCAUAUGCCCAGUCUGGCCCUGAAUCCUGCAUCAGCUCCAGUGCACCACAGUGACCCUGCCCAUGCAUUAGUCCUGUUCAUGGAUGGGGCUACUAAAAUGCCUGACUGCCAGUGACUCCCAAGAUCCUAAGACCAAUCCUCCAACUUCCCUUUUGGUAGUGUGUGUGUGAAUUUUUCGAUGAAGGUCUGGCUGUGUUGCCUAGGCUACUCGUUUAAGAGUAGUGACUGUUCCUUCCUUUAGAACCUUGAUUCAGUUCUCAACAGCUUGAUCUGUAACUAAUGUAGUUCAUGGAAUCCAAUGUUCUCUUCUGGAUUCCUAAGUAGGCAAGUGGUGGUGCAGGGACAAAACACCCAUGCACAUAUUUUUUAAAAUUCUCCUAAAUCAUCUCCCAAGAUUGGGAAUAAAAUCACAUGCUAGCUUGCCUAACCUCAGAUUUUUCAUUUUCACUUGGAGCUAAAAUGUAUGUGUUUGGGGUUUUUGUUCUUUGUGUCUUUUGGCUUGUUUGUAACACUGGCUUCCCCAGAACUGGCUGUGAAGAACAGUCUGCCCUUAAAGUCACAGAGAUUUGUCUGCUUCUCAAAUUGGGUUUUUUUGGUUUGGUUUGUUUCUGAGAGUGGUCUCACAGCCCAAGACCAGCCUCAUACUCACUGUGUAGCAAAGGGUGACUGAAUGAUAGAUCCUCUUGCCUGCACUUCCCAAAUGAAGUGAACGCUUUCUGUCCUGUGGUUGUACACACUAGGCAAGCACUGUACCCUACUCCUCUUAGGGUUUUUUGCUUUGUUUGAUAAUCUCUUUACUAGUCCCUGAGGACCUAGCUUGUCUUAACUAGUAACAUUGUAUAUUACUAUCAGUGCAGGAGAUAGAGGCAAACAAAUUCUACGGUAUAUAUGUAUGGCAGCAAUUGGGGGCAUUGUAGAAGUCUGGAACAUGUUCUGAUCCCAGAAUACACAUGCAGGCAUAUGUCAUUAUACUGCAGGGACCCUGGAAAAAAUGGUUGGUUGGAAAGGAACAGGGUGGGGGACAUAGGUUGAGGUUGACCUGCCAAGAUUUUAGUAAUUAUCUCUCAAGCUAAAAUAUUAGGGAAGCAAAACUUCUCAUAUCAGGUGGAUUGUGGCUAGUCAAUAAAAGCAGGAGAUGAAGCAGU